CUUAAAACACAGCUCCGUGCGGCUAGCUGCAAUAGUCGCUGGAGUCAAGAUGUUCGCAGCGCAACAGUUAAAUCGAGCAACUCAACUAAUUCUAAUUUGCAGCCUGCUGUGGAUAGAGGCGCCCGGCCUGAGCAUGUCCAGCUUGGUGAGCAGUCAGACGGAGGACUUUAUUGACUGGUGGCAGCACGCGGUCUUCUAUCAGAUCUAUCCCAGAUCCUUCAAGGACAGCAACGGCGAUGGCAUUGGGGACUUGCAGGGCAUCAUUUCGAAGCUGCCGUAUUUGGCCGAGACAGGGAUCACGGCCACUUGGCUGAGUCCCAUUUUCCAGUCACCCAUGGUCGACUUUGGGUAUGACAUAUCGGACUACAAGGCCAUACAGCCGGAAUAUGGAAGCAUGGCUGACUUCGAGCAACUGGUGCAUAAGGCCUCCAGUCUGGGUAUAAAGAUCAUCUUGGACUUUGUGCCCAAUCACAGCUCGGAUCAGCAUGAGUGGUUCAAAAAGUCGGUGGCUCGCGAUCCCGUCUAUGAGAACUUCUAUGUCUGGGCAGAUGGAAAGAAGGAUGAGCAGGGAAUACGCCAGCCACCAAACAAUUGGCAGUCAGUGUUCUACGGCUCCGCCUGGGAGUGGAACGAACAGCGACAGCAAUACUAUUUGCACCAGUUUACCAAGGAGCAGCCGGAUCUGAACUACCGCAAUCCGGCAGUGGUGCAGGCCAUGGAUGAAGUGCUGCUCUUCUGGCUGAACAAGGGUGUGGCUGGCUUUCGCAUUGACGCAGUGAAUCAUUUGUAUGAAAACGAAGACCUGGCCGAUGAGCCACUCAGCGGCAAGACGGCGGAUCCGCUCUCCUAUGAGUACACCAAGCACGUCCACACCAAGGACUUGCCCGAGGUGCUGGCCAUGGUGCAGCACUGGCGGCAGCUACUAGACGACUACAGCGCCAAGCAUCCGGAUGGUGUGACACGCAUCAUGAUGACGGAGGCCUACGCUGACCUGCAUGUGCUCAUGGACUACUACGAGACAGCCGCUGGAGUGCGCGGCUCCCAGCUGCCCUUCAACUUUCAUUUUAUCACGGAUGUGGACGGCGACUCGGAUGCUCGUGACUUCGUCUUCAAUGUGGAAAAGUGGCUGAUCUACAUGCCGCGCGGGCACGCUGCCAAUUGGGUCAUGGGCAACCACGAUAAUCCGCGUGUCGCCUCGCGCUUCGGAUCCGCCAGUGUCGACGCCAUGAACAUGCUGCUGCUGACGCUGCCCGGCGUCGCCGUUACCUAUAAUGGGGAGGAGCUGGGCAUGGAGGACUAUCGUGAAAUUAGCUGGGAGGAUACUGUCGAUCCGCCAGCUCGUAAUGCUGGCAAAAAGGAUUAUAAGAAAGUCUCCAGAGAUCCAGAGCGUACACCCUUUCAGUGGAGCAAUGCCAGCAAUGCAGGUUUCUCUACUGCUGCUAAGACCUGGCUGCCUGUAAAUCCCAACUACUUGGUGUUGAAUCUGGCGGCGCAGCAGGAGGCUGCCAGGAGUCACUACAAGGUGUACAAGGCGCUGCUUGAGCUGCGCAAGUUGCCGACCUUAAGACGCGGCAGAUUCAACAUCGAGGCGCUGUCCCGGGCCGUGUUUGCCCUCAGACGCACUCUUAAGGACUAUGAGACAAUCGUAACCAUCAUCAAUGUGAGCGCCAAGGAACAGCUGAUAAAUCUAACAGACUUUAUUAACGGGCCACACACACUGAUUGUGGAAGUGGCGGGCGUUGACUCCACCUAUAAGCCAGGACAAGCCCUAUCCAGCAGCGCCCUCGCACUGGCCCCCCACGAGGGCCUCAUCUGCAGGCUGAUCGAGGCAUAGGAAUUUCCAGAGCUCCAUUAAUUGCCUUGUGACACUGUCACGAGCUUGAACGAAUAUAAAAAAUAUUAAAUGAACUGAAAAUUAAUGAAUCGAAUUGCUCCCUCUCUCAAAUACAAAUGAAUUCUGAAAAUCUGAACUUCCUUUGCGACAUUAGCUGAAUAAAAAAAC